AGUGGGUAUUUCUCAAUAAGCACACACACCCUGCUGAAAGGGAAGGUGGAUAUGCUUUCAGUUUCACACUGUCCUUCGAAGCUGAGAGAGAAAAGCCAUGGCUGACAAGACCCUGAAGGACAGGCGGAAGCUGUUUGUCAGCUCAGUGAACACAGGGACCCUCAGCGGCUUGCUGGAUGAGCUCCUAGAGAAAAGAGUGCUGAACCAGGAGGAGACGGAGAGAGUGCAGUAUGAAAAUGCUACAGUGACGGAUAAGGCCCGAGCUCUGAUCGACUCCGUCGUUCGGAAGGGGUCACAGGCGUGCAAUAUUUUUAUCUGUUAUAUUCGCGAAGAGGACUCCUUCCUUGCAGAGAAGAUGGGCCUUUCCUCAGGUGCACCAUCUGAAAGUCAACAUAACUCAGACUCUCAAGCAGCAAUUCUUCCUUCAACAGGUCCCGAGGACGUGUCUGGGCAACCUGAGCCAGAAGAAUCUACAGAUACUCUCAAGCUUUGUCCUCAUGAAGAAUUCAUGAAACUGUAUAAAGAGAAGGCUGCAGAGAUCUACCCAAUAAAGGAGAGAAAGGAUCGUACUCGUCUCGCUCUCAUCAUAUGCAAUAUAGAGUUCGAUCAUCUUCCUCCCAGGGAUGGGGCCGAACUUGACAUUGCAGGGAUGAGGAGUCUACUGGAGGGUCUUGGCUACAGUGUGGAUGUGAAAAAGAAACUCACUGCUAAGGAUAUGGAGUCAGCGCUGCGGGCAUUUGCCGCCCGCCCAGAGCACAAGUGCUCAGACAGCACGUUCCUGGUGCUCAUGUCUCACGGAAUCCUGAGUGGAAUCUGCGGGACUACGUUCAGCUUGGAAAACCCGGAUGUGCUACCUUAUGACACCAUCUUCCAGAUCUUCAACAACCGUAACUGCCUCAACCUCAGGGACAAACCCAAGGUCAUCAUCAUCCAGGCCUGCAGAGGUGAAAGUCUUGGGGAAGUGUGGGUCAGUGACUCAGCAGUGACCUCGACCAACAGCUUCUCACAUCGACCUCUGCUCCUGGAGAGUGAUGCCGUCCACAAGGUCCACAUUGAGAAGGACUUCGUUGCUUUCUGCUCCUCGACCCCACAUAACGUAUCCUGGAGACACGUCACAAAGGGAUCUCUCUUCAUUGUACAACUCAUCACAUGCUUCCAAAAAUAUUCUUGGUGCUGUCACCUCAUAGAAGUAUUUCAGAAGGUUCAACAAUCAUUUGAAAAACCAAAUGUUAAAGCCCAGAUGCCUACCAUUGAACGAAUGUCCAUGACAAGACCUUUCUAUCUCUUCCCUGGCAAUUGAAGAUGUGAGACAGACAGAACCCUUCAAGUGCUUUUGCACAGAGAAAUGACAUAAUCUAGUAACUGAAAUUUUGCAAACAUCACCUGCAGUACUUCUGGGCAAGAAGACUACAGGGGUCACCAAUAUAAGCCAAAGGAAGUGGCAAAAGGGACCCGGAAGAGGAUGGAAACAGGACCAUGAGAAGGGACGGACUGAGGUCUUCCCGGGAUUGCUACCUUGACGUUCUGCUCUUUUU